GUCCUCGCCGGCGUGAUAGCCACAGCCACCGCCCAAAACUCCACCACCAACAACACAGCAUGCGUAACCGGCAACGCAGUCCACAUGAUCGUAGCAAGAGCCAGCCUAGAGCCCCCCGGAACAGGCAUCAUAGGCGAAGUAGCCACCCAGGUCCAGCAGCAGUUCCCCGGCUCCGACAUCGUGCCCGUCGUCUACCCAGCGACCCUCGACAACUACCCUUCUUCCGAGAACGAUGGCGUAGUGGCCAUGACGCAGCUGGUGACGGACUACGCCGCGCGGUGCCCGGACAGCAAGAUCGUGCUGAUGGGGUACUCGCAGGGCGCGCAGGUCACGGCCGAUGUGCUGUGUGGGCGGACCGAUGGGCCGUACUUUAACACGACGCAGCCUUUGGCUUCGAGUAUCUCGAGUCAAGUGACGGCUGCCGUGCUGAUGGGAGAUCCGUCGAAAUCGACCAAUGAAACUUUCCUGGCGGGAACAUCUACUAAGAACGGGAUCUUCCCACGCGAGGUCCCAGCCGGCUGUGACCCAGUCGCUGACCGCAUGGUCUCGUAUUGUAAUGCGAACGAUACCUACUGCGACUCAGGAAGCAGUCUAGACGUGCAUCUCAGCUAUGUCCAAGACAACGGUACUUCUGCGGUCAACUUCAUUGUCGACCAAAUCAACGCAGGUGCCGGUGGAAGUAAUGGAACU